AUGACCUUGCAAACUCUUCUUAAGCUUGCACUGAUGUGUAUCACACUGACCGUAUUCAUGGAAAUGUGCUCAGCCAAGUCUAAGACGAUUGCGUGUAAAACUGAUUACAAUAUCAACCACAAUGUUGCAGUUUGUGGUGAGACUUCUGAUGGCGCCCAUCAGCAUGAUUGCAAUCCUGCAAGCUGCAAAUCCAAUGGAGCAUUGUACGUUCAAAGGGCCGGUUGUGUGGUUGAUCCUGAUGGGAAAGAGGCAAGUACAGAACACUGCCAUCAAUACAAUUACGCUGAUGACAAACAUUUCUACUGUGAGAGUCCCCGCGGCAACUUUAAAUGCCCCUGGAAGAUUGGCGAUGGACCCGUGAUUUCCUGCUCAGAUUGCCACAAUUGA